AUGAAGUGGACUACCAUGCUUGUCGCUCUCACGGCUCUCGCCAGAGAUGCUACAGCCCAGAACAACAUGCUGCGAUUCGCAUGCUCGCAGCUGGUCGUCGAGCGAACAGAUCCUCUCGUCCAUCCCGGGAUGAAGUACACUCCCCAUCUGCACCAGAUAGUAGGAGGCGACGCCUUCAACAUCACCAUGGACCCAUCCAACGACCUCGCCAAGAUGUCAAAGUGCACAUCCUGCAGCUUCGUUCAAGACAAAUCCAACUACUGGACCGCCGUCAUGUUUUUCAAAGCCAAAAACGGGUCUUACAUUCGCGUGCCACAGAUCGGAAACGGCGGACCCCAAGGCCAGCUCAUCAACGACGGCGGCCUAGACGUCUACUACAUCCCGAGCGGCAAAACCACCGCCUUCGCCAAAGGCUUCCGCAUGCUCGCAGGCUCCGCCACCAACACGGACCCCAAGAAGGUAAAGCUAUCCAACAUCUGCCACCGGUGCUGGACCUCGGCCUCAGAAAACACAUUUGUAGGCGGCGCGCCCUGCACGGGCUCCGACACCGUCGAGAUCCCCAAGGACCCCAAGUGCAAGCUCAUCCGCCAAACCAUCAUCUUCCCCGCGUGCUGGGACGGCAAGAACCUCGAUUCGCCCGACCACCAAAGCCACGUCGCGUAUGGCCAGGGCAGCGGCGCCAACGGCGGCGGAGCAUGUCCGUCUACCCACCCCGUCAAGCUGCCGCAGAUCAUGUACGAGCUCAUGUGGGACGUGAGUAAGUUUGCAGAUAAAAGCCUAUGGCCAACCGAUGGAUCGGAUCCCUUCGUGUACGCCAUGAACAUCGGCGGCGCCGCCGCCCACGGCGACUACGUCUUCGGCUGGGAAGCCGACUCGCUGCAAAAAGCAAUGGACAAUGCAUGCAAUCUGAACAAUGCGUGUCCAAAAGCUGGUCUCACCACGCAGCAGCCCGCUCAGUAUAAUGCUUGUAAGAAGACGCAGCAGGCGCCCGAGAAGGUCGAUGGAUGGCUGAAAUCUUUGCCGCUUGGUGAGCCGAUGCUAUAA